UAAUCUUUUCUGUUGUCCCCGGAUGCGAACAAGUAGCGCUACUUUAACAGUACACAACUCUAAACCGGGAAAAGUUCCGUUCAACUGAUACCUCAGGAUAACCCGUCAUUUUUAAAGUCAAACGUCGCACCCGCGGACCCUGUGUGUAAACGCGUGCGAUGGAAGAACUUCCCCGACGUCUAACGUUAGUCUCUGCCCGCUAACCGUCGACAUGGACUCGUAUCACGUCCUGGAGCUGGCGGGAGAGGGCUCCUUCGGCCGAGUUUACAAGGGAAGGAAACGAUUUACCGGCCAAGUGGUGGCUCUGAAGUUCAUGCCCAAGGUGGGUCGUUCUGAGAAGGAGCUGCGGAGUCUCAGGAGGGAGAUUGACAUCAUGAGGGGUCUUCAACAUCCCAACAUUGUUCAACUCUUUGACAGCUUUGAGACUGAAACUGAGGUUGUGGUUGUGACUGAGUAUGCAGAGGGUCAGUUGUUCCAGAUUCUUGAGGAUGAUGAGAAGCUACCAGAGAGUCAGGUCCGUGAGAUCGCCUGUCAGCUGGUCUCAGCUCUGUAUUAUUUACACUCCCAUCGCAUUCUUCAUCGAGACAUGAAACCACAAAACAUCCUGUUGGGAAAAAGCGGUGUGGUGAAGCUGUGUGACUUUGGGUUUGCCAGGGCCAUGAGCGUCUCCACCAUGGUGCUGACUUCUAUCAAGGGAACGCCACUGUACAUGUCUCCCGAGCUGGUGGAGGAGAAGCCGUAUGACCACACUGCUGAUCUCUGGUCUCUGGGAUGCAUCCUUUAUGAACUCCACACGGGGGCGCCUCCUUUCCCCACAACCUCCCUUUUGCACCUAGUGCAGCUUAUAGUGAGAGACCCAGUCAAAUGGCCCGGCACCAUGAGCGACACCUGCACGAGUCUCUUGAAGGGUUUGUUGACCAAAGACCCUCAGAAGCGGUUGUCGUGGCCAGACCUCCUGCAUCAUCCCUUUGUUGCUGAUGGUGUUUUAGUGUUAUUAGACACAGGCGUUUUCUGCCCUCUGACUGUCACACCGAGUCCGGACAGGAUGGCCCUGAAACUUCAGCAAAUGGCGGCAAAGACAGUGCAGAAUCCCGGAGAGAGCCUGUUAUUGCAGAAGGCCAGGGAACAGACAGACAGCGGCAAAACAAGGAAACCAGAAGGCGGUGACAUCGCUAAAAAAGAGAAGGAUGGAGCGGGAAAUGAAAGGGUCAAUUAUGCGACGGCUGCAGCAUCCCCGAGAGCCGCCGCUGCCAAUCAAAGCCCACAACCAAAGAGUCAAGCCCGCGUGAAAUCCAAACACAGGGGUCAGAUUAGCAGGGACUACGAACAGGAAUUUCCCUCUGUAGCAGUUGGGCCGCGACUGAUGCAGAGAUGCAAGGCAGACAGCCAGACCACACUGCACAAGCAGGAUGUUGACAGCGAGGACUAUUGGGAGAUACUGGCCCAACAAUCACAUCCCAACAGACAGCAGAAUGAACUAUUAAAUUACAGUGCAAUCAUGCCUGAACUUAAAUCCAAGAUCCUGGAGUUUGAAGCUCAGCUAACAGGAGGCGUUGUGAGAGAACCGUGGCGGAUUCACCUCCCGUUGAAGGUCUUACACAACUUGAUUCUGACCUCUGACCUUGAGCAGUCGCAGCACAUUGGGAAUGAGCUCAGACUCCCUCACGUCCUCUUCGACCUCGUCCACGAUGCUGUAGACAACUCGCAUUUCAUCAAGCGACCGUGGAGCGUCGGUGCAUUUGGAGAAAUGAUCGCUGUGCUUAUAAUCUACUGGGAGAAGCAUUGUGACUGGGUGAAUGAAGAGCAGAGACUAGAGGAAUUCACAAAGCCUUUCAUCACAAUUCUCAGUCAACCAAACCUCAUUCCUUUGGCGCAUCUGGCCGCCUCUGUUUUGUCUCUGUUAAUACAACACGAUGUUCAAGUCAAAGUGGAUAUGGACAAUCUAACCUCCUUACUGAGAAAACUGCUUUUGGACUCAUAUGAGCCCAAACUUCCUCUUCCUUCUGGCAUUGGACUGUGCGACGGCCUGCUGUCUGUAGUCCUACACACGCUCUCUGAGCAUGAAAAUGGCUCCGGAUCUUCAUCUUUGGAUCCAGUGGUGUUUCUGGAUCUAUGGAAAACCAUUGGCAGUUCACUGGCAAGAACGACACACGGCACAGGCUUCUGUUCGCCAAACGGGCUUCAUUCCUUUCUGUCUAUUGCGCUGUUUCUCUUCACCAAGGAUCCGUACUCGUGCGUUGCUCCGUUUUCCGAGCCUGAAUCCAAAUGUGUAUACACUCUCGGCCAGCUCCUGGAUGCCGACUGCCUGCGUUUGUUUGCUGACGGCGGCCCUGCGAGACUCGAGGUGGAUCUGAGUCACGACAGCCUGUCUGUGUUGAGCUGCCACCUGCUGUGCUUUCCGUUUGCCCUGGACCUGCCUUCAGACGCCACGUCCAUCAUUUUACAGUCGUACGACACUUGUGGAAUAGUGGCGAGCCUCCUGCAGGUAAUCAAAACUCUUCCCCCUCCGCUGGUAGAGCUGCCUCUCUCCCUGCUGAGCCGCCUGCUCCUGUGUGACCCCCAGCGCUCCGUUUACCGCCUCGGAGAAGCGGACUGCAGUUUCUUCUUCGCGCCGUCCAGGGACGGCCGGCUCGCUGCCUCCCAACACCAGACGCCGCUGCCCAGAACGGCCAGUUCCCUGCUCUCUGACCUGCUGCAGCUGGAGAUGUUGUGGGAUUCUGCCGUGGAGCUCUUGACUCUGUUGUCCCAAGUAGCCCGGUGUUCCCCUCGGCUCGCCCGCCUCCGGCCUCACCUGGAAGCCUCGGCGCUGCACCGGGCGCUGGCUCACUCCCACGACCCCAUCAGAGCCGCCGCCUGCAGACUCCUGGGAAAUAUAGAUCCAUUCAGGCCUCCUACGCUGCGCACCGUGCAACCGGACGUUUUCAACAGCAUGAUAGACCGUCUUCAUGAUUCCUGCAUUCCCGUCCGACGUGGGGCUUGUAGGGCGGUCGGGAACUGGUUGGGGCAUCUGGCGGCAGCGGGCAGAGUUAAAAUGGGUGGCUCCGAGGCAGAGGGCGACACUACGGCGAAGGCCCACUGCGAGCCGGAAGGAGAGAUGGCUACUGCACUAGAACAGCCACCGGACGAGGAGGAGGAGGGACGUGGUUGGACAGAGGAGGCCGGGAGGGCGGCGGUCAUGCUGACGGCUCUGAUCGGCGACCCCGAUGCCCCCACACGCCGCCACUGCUGCGCAGCGCUGGGGAACGUGCUACGUGUCGACGGGGCUGUGUCCAUGUUGUUGGCGGGAAACACGUCCAGCUUGCUUCUGAGAGCUGCAUGCACGGAUUCCAACGAUGCAGUGAGGCAAGCUGCCGUGGCAACCAUGUGCCUGUACAGCGAGCGGGAGGAAAUGCGUCAGGUCCUGAGGUCCCUCGAUGCCAGUGAGAAACUUCUUCAGGCUUCACAACAUGCACCUCCACAAUGUGACUACCGGCGGCUCGUGGAGCAGCUGGGAGUCCAGCUAAAGGGGAAUGACAGCAGGUUUGAAAGUGCUGCGUAAAUAGUUCUUCUCCUUCCUUACGUUACAACCUUCCUCUGUUUCUGAGCAGUUUAGUAGACGACUACAGUCAUCAUCAUAUCCCGUUACUUCUUUUUAUAAAAUGUUUUUUUUUUUUACAUAAUGAUUACUCCGUUAAGUAGAUGGAUAUGUUGGAUAUAAAAUAACUUUCUUUGUUGUGGUUGUGGCUGUGUGAUGAAAUAAAACAAACGUGUUUCUGAUGUUUCUGAUUUAAUGACACUGCUGUUCACAUUUCGGGAGAGAAAAAAUGCAGCUGAAAUUCCAGAGA